AACAGGUUCAAGGAUAGACACUUGGACUGCAGACGCUCGAGCGCGACCCCCGUGACCGUGUUGUAACGCGUCGCGCGUGCUUUUCGCGUCGAUGGUGCUCCUCGCCUCGAACCCCCAUCAUGUCUACCAGCUACGUCCUUGAGUACAGCAAGAGCAGUCGCGCCAAGUGCCACGGGCCUCCGCCUUGUAAGGGCAGCUCCAUCGGCUUAGGAGACUUGAGGUACGGGAAAGUCGUAUUCGGAAAGUAUGGCGAAACCGUCGAAUGGCGCCAUUGGGGUUGCGUUACUAAGUCGAUUCUUGCAAACUUGGCAACAGUCAAAUUAGAGCGCGUGCCGGGUUUCAACAACCUGAGACCUGAGGACCAGUCAAAGAUCCGCAUGGCCAUCGGUUUACGGCGCAUUGAUACCGCCGACAUCCCGGAAUCUGCCAAGGCGCCCAAUGCAGUGAACACAGCAGACGCUGCAUCUUCUUCGCAAGGGCCCAGCCAGAAGAAGCGUAAAGCCGCAGCAGAGGCGGCCACGCCUGUGUCGCAGUUGUCCUCCCAGCAGCCACAGCCCGGUCCGUCGCAGCCGCUGCGGCAUCUUACUCAGAAUCCCGCUUCUCAGACUAUUGAGGACGAGCAAGACGAUGAUGUUGUUGAGAUCGAAGACCCCAAAGAUGAACUAUAUUGUACGCUGAAGACGAGCAUUGUCGGUGUGCAAUACUACAAGGGUCUCGUUGGGCCCGGAGAGCAAGUCCGUCUCGUCCGAGAACCGAACAACAAGUAUGAUCGCAACGCAAUCCAGGUGAAGAAUAUCGGCGGCACACAGGUUGGGCAUGUCCCGCGGAACGCUGCCGCCAAGCUUGCCCCUCUCAUGGAUCGCAACUUAGUCACGGUCGAAGGCGUGAUGCAUGAGGGAAACUUGACCUCAUUCAGCUACUCGCUUUCCAUGACGCUUAAGAUCUAUGGUGCUACCGACAACCGCGCCCAGCUCGAGCCGCAACUCAUCUGGGCCACACCCGGCCAACGCGGCUUCACCCCACGCACUGGUGGUGGCGCCGCUAACAUUCCCAUCCCAGGCCCUUCCCAACUUCCGCCCAUGCCUCCUCAGUCGCAGUACCAGCGCCGGGGACUCACCGCCGCUCAGCAGGAAGCACAGCGCAAGCAACAGUUAGAGUUCCAGAAAGCUUCGGAGCUCCGGCAAAUUCUCAAUAAUUUAGAGAAGGUCGACGACGAGGGGCGCCGGGGCUCCCUGCUCGACACGCUCUGCGCUGUGGAGGACGUGCUGAAGCUCCCGAUGCAUCCGAGCCCGCCGGGUGUAACAAGCGGGGACUUGAAGGUGAACUUGAUGAGGCACCAGAGUCAAGCUCUGCAAUGGUGCAUCGAACGCGAGUACCCCGUGCUGCCAAAAAAGGAGGAGGAUAAGCCGGUGCAAUUCUGGCAGCUGAAAAAGACCGCAGGAAAGACGUUCUACUACAAUGUUGUGACCAAAACACCUCAGCAGAAUCCUCCAGUACUCGGAAGAGGCGCGCUAUGCGCAGACAGCAUGGGCUUGGGCAAAACCUUGACGAUGCUCUCUCUCGUGCUCGCAACGAAGGCCGACAUUCCUCUGGACUUUUCUAAGUCCACGCUAAUCGUUGUCCCGCUUUCUGUCCUGUCAAACUGGGAGAAGCAGAUCGAGGACCAUGUCAUCGCGGGUGCUCUUACGCACUGCGCGUACUAUGGCAACACGCGCUCUAAGACACCGGAGCAGCUGAAGCAGUACGACGUCGUAAUCACGACGUACCAGACGGUCGCCGGAGAGCAUGGCGAUUCAGUCUCGAGUGGGAACGGAAAGAGGAGGAAGAUGUCCGGGGAAGGAUUGUUCCACGUGCCCUGGAAGAGGAUCAUUCUUGACGAAGGGCACAAUAUUCGCAACCCUCGAACUAAGAUGGCGAAGGCAGUGUACGGAUUGAACGCCCAGCGGCGCUGGGUGCUCACAGGAACACCGAUCAUCAAUUCCCCGAGGGACCUCGGCUCUAUCCUGACCUUUUUGCAGAUCUGUCGUCCCCUGGAUGACGAGGAUUUCUAUAAGCGCAUGGUGCUACGUCCUCUCAAGGAUGGCGAUCCUAGUGGCGCCGAGCUCCUUCGGGCAUUGAUGAGCCAUAUGUGCAUUCGCCGAACCAAGGAAAUGCAAGACAGCGAAGGCAACCCGCUUAUUCCUCUUCCUCCUGUUGACGUGACCGUGGUCCCUGUGUCCCUCACCGACCAGGCUAGGGAGCUAUACGACGCAGUUGAACAACUGUCGAAGCAACGAAUAGACAAUUUGAUCCAGAUGCAUGGAAGCAUUCACUCAGCUGCUGUACAAACCAAUAUGCUAAGUCUGUUGACGCGUCUGCGCCAGCUCGCGCUCCAUCCGGGCCUCGUGCCUGCCAACUAUCUCGAACAGCUCCGCAUUGCUGAAUCAAAUGACGAUGCCCCUAUGUCCGCAAUCAAGCUCACUCCAGAAGACAAGAUACGAUUGCAAAACAUCCUCGCACAGGGGAUUGAGGAUAACGAGGAAUGCCCCAUAUGUUUCGACAUUCUGAACCAGCCUAGAAUCACGGGCUGCGGACACAUGUUCUGUCUUGCAUGUAUCUCUGAAGUCAUCUCUCGCGACCCGAAAUGCCCGAUGGAUCGGCGCCAACUCGGAAUGGGUGACCUCAUCGAACCGCCGCCACCGACAGAGCUCACACAAGCACCUGUGCGCUGCGAUGAAGAAGACGAGGAAGAGGACAGCGGAUUGCGUUUCGGAUCUUCUGCGAAGAUCGAUCAGCUUGUCCACUUGCUCAAGCUCACACCGACGACGGAGAAGUCCCUCGUGUUCUCACAGUUCACAUCCUUCCUUGACAAGAUUGCGGAGACACUUGAGAAAGAAGGCAUCCCGUACGUCCGCUUCGAUGGGAAGAUGUCUGCGCGACGGCGACAAGAAACAAUUGCGCGCUUUUCCGUACCCCUCGACGGUUCUGUCCAAACUUCUGUGAUCGAGAACGACGAACCAGCAUCGCGUCCGAUUCGCCGCCGGGGACGCUCCAAUAUCGCCGUCGUUCAGGACGACGAAGAUGCAGCGGUCCGCGACGACGACAAUGACGCAGAUUUCGCACCAACUAACGAGAACGGCGAGGAUAGUGACUUCAUCGACGAUGAGGAUGAUGAGCGCAACAAACGUUGGAAGGGUAAAGGGAAAGCUAAAGCAGCUAAUGGCAAGAAAAUAGCGAGGUUCAGCAUUACGGGACCCUCUGUGUCAAUAUAUCUCGAUGGCUCGGCGUUUGGAAAUGAGGUGAAUCCAAGGGUCAUGCUCAUCUCGCUCAAGGCGGGGGCGCUGGGUCUAAACUUGACCAUCGCCAACAAUGUCUACCUAAUGGAUCCCUGGUGGCAGGAGGGGAUUGAGUCUCAAGCAAUUGACAGAUGCAACCGGUAGGCUGUUUGCCAGGAAAGUUGCUAUCUCGGACUGACGGACAUUGGUACAGCAUUGGUCAAACGAAACCUGUCCACGUCUACCAAAUGAUUGCCGAGAACACUGUUGAAUCGAAGGUAGGACCCA